UUCAUUGCUUAGAAGUAUUUCUCGUUGUAACAAGAGUUGUCGUGCAGCCAAAAAAUGAAGUUAUUUCUUAUACUAUUCUUUGGAGUAGUUCACUCUGCCAUUUUGGUAAGGGCGACCUCCACUCCUUCGAUGCUUGAAGAGGCUACUCCAGAAAUGCGGAACAAAAUUAUUGACGUGAGGGAUGCUAUUAUUGUACCAAUGAACCCUCGUGUGAGGUCGGAAAAUCUAUCUGAAAAAACUAUGAACAUCAAUGAAAUCGGGGCUAAUGACCCCCAACUACGGAAUGGUCUCAGAUGGGGUGACUAUGAUGAGAGUCCUGAAGAAUAUCGAAACGAUUUAGUGAGAUUUACUGACUCGCCUGACGGUAGUGUGGAAACUGAUAAACAUGACCACGCAAGUGCGGAAAAAUAUAGGCCAGCUGGAGUGGAAAAUCGUGUAGGUCGUCCAAAUUAUAGACCAGGUGGUUACGGAGGUUAUGGUGGUUACGGAGGAUACGGAGGCUACGGAGGCUAUGGCGGCUACGGUGCUUCUGGUUUUCGUGGGAAUAGAGGACAUAGAAAAAACAAAGGUCAUGGAGGAAAUCGGGGACAUGCAAACAACAAAGGAAACCGAGGUAGCCGAGGAAAUAAGAAAAAUAAAGGUGGCAGACGUCCACAACGAAAACAAAAGCAGGUCCAAAAUUUCGGCUUAGAAACUGAACCAUCGGCAAACCAGGAGGCGCCUCCCGCACAAAACCAAGAAUUCGUACAGAGUCAAGUACCAAUGCAAGAUCAACAACUGAGCGAAGGACAAUCUCCACACAUUGAAGAACCUGCAACUGUUUAAGUACGGAUAAGUGUAAACAAUGUUUCUGCACAA